AUGGAGAAAGACCAGGCUGAGUUCGCCCCGAUGGAGCGGACAGCCACCGUGAUAGAAGAAAGGGAGCAACAGACACUCGCACGGAUUGCCUCCAGCAAGCUUGGCCAACAGAUCUCAAAAGCAGCAAGCCACAAAGAUGGGACCCCGCCGCAUCUCGAUCCCACCAACCCGCAGUUCGAUCAUCGCCAAUGGGCACAAGUGGUAUUGGACCAGGUCAAUGAUGCAGGUAUCGAUGUUCCACACCAGGGAGUUGUCUUCUCCAACCUCUGUGUCAGUGGCUCUGGAUCCGCCCUGCAAUAUCAAGAAACCCUGACCUCCAGCCUGAGGGUUCCUUUCCGAGCCGCAGCAAACGCGCUGUCGGGCCGUUCAACGCCCCCGAGACAAAUCCUGCACAGCUUCGAUGGACUUCUCCAAGGGGGAGAGCUUCUCCUGGUCCUCGGUCGACCGGGCAGUGGCUGUACGACAUUCAUGAAAACCAUCACCGGCCAUCUGGGCGGCCUGACCCUCGAACCAGAGAGUACCCUCCAUUACGAAGGAGUUGGUUUCGACCACAUGAUCAAGCACCACCGAGGUGAAGUCGCCUACAACAAGGAAGUCGACCUGCACUUCCCCCACUUGACCGUUGGCCAAACCCUGGAGUUUGCUGCCCAUGCUCGCGCACCGCACCAACGCCUCGAAGGCGUCUCUCGCGAUGAGUACGUCAAGACCAUCACGCAAGUGGUGCUCUCAAUCUUCGGAUUGUCACACACCUACAACACCAAGGUGGGCAGUGAAUUUGUCCGCGGAGUCAGUGGAGGCGAGAGAAAGCGAGUCAGUAUCGCGGAGAUGUUCCUGGCCCGCUGCCGCAUUGGGGCAUGGGACAACAGUACCCGUGGUCUGGAUGCUGCAUCUGCGCUCAAGUUCGUCCGAUCCCUUCGUCUCUCGGCCGACAUGGGCUCAUCGUGCCACGCCAUUGCCGCCUACCAGGCCUCACAAUCGAUGUAUGACCUUUUCGACAAGGUCGUUCUGCUGUAUGAAGGGUACCAGAUUUACUACGGACCCAGGGAGCGUGCAGUGGGCUACUUUCAAGACAUGGGAUGGGAACGACCCGAGCGUCAAGUCAGUGGUGACUUUUUGACAGCCAUCACCAACCCAGCCGAGCGCCGAGCCUUGCCCGGCAUGGAGGGCAACGUGCCUCGUACAGCCAAGGAGUUUGCCGAAUACUGGAAGAAAAGCCCUGAGUAUCAACUGCUGAACAAGGAGAUUUCUGACUUCGAGAGUCAACACCCUCCAAAUGGCAGCGACGCCAAACGACUCCAAGACAGCCACGAAGAGCAGCAGGCUCGCCACACUCGAGCUCGCAGCCCCUACCUUCUCUCUAUUCCGAUGCAGGUGCGACUCUGCAUGCAUCGAGCCUACCAGCGCAUGCUUCAAGAUCUGCCAACGGCUCUUUCACCCGUCAUUGUGCAGAUUGUUCUCUCUCUAAUCAUUGGAUCCAUUUUCUACCAAACCCCCGACACCUCCAGCUACUUCUUCCAAAAGGGUGCAGUAAUGUACUUUGCUGUGCUCAUGAACGCUCUUCUCACGAUCAACGAAAUCCUCAUGCUCUAUGCCCAACGGCCCGUGGUUGAAAAACAAGCGGGUUAUGCAUUUGUCCAUCCUUUCACCGAGGCAUUAGCCAGUCUGGUCAUCGAUUUGCCAAUCAAGUUGGUCCGAAUUUCAGUCUUCACAAUUGUACUGUAUUUCAUGGCCAAACUGCGACGCGAGCCCGGAGCAUUCUUCAUCCAUUACCUGUUUUUGCUCACCGCUGUCCUGUCCAUGUCGGGUCUGUUCCGCAGCGUGGGAGCGUUGACCAAGAGUGUGGGACAAGCUAUGGCGAUUGCCGGUGUUCUAGUACUGUGUAUUGUGGUGUACACCGGUUUCACCCUGCCGCAGCCAUACAUGCAUCCGUGGCUUUCUUGGAUUCGCUGGAUCAACCCCAUCUACUACACGUUCGAAUCUCUCGUUGCCAAUGAGUUCCACGGUCGGACUUUCGACUGCUCUUCAUUCAUUCCAAGCUACGGAACCGGCACAUCGUUCAUCUGCUCCACCGUCGGUGCAGUUGCAGGCCAACAAACUGUUUCCGGGGAUGACUUCAUUGAGCAGAACUAUCAUUACCAGCACUCGCAUAUGUGGAGAAACUAUGGGAUCCUGAUUGCCUUUCUAAUCGCGCUCAAUACUCUUUACCUCGUCGCUACUGAGUUCAUCACCAACGACAAAUCCAAGGCCGAGGCUCUGGUUUUCCGCCCUGGACAUGCACCUCAGUAUCUUCAAAAGGGCCACACCAUUGAACUGGGCGAGGAGGAAGUCAACAAGCUUGAGGUGCAGGCUACCAACGACACCACAAGUGAGACUAUUCGUCUUCCCGAACAAAACGACAUCCUUUCUUGGAACGGGCUCAACUAUGACAUUCCCGUGAAAGAGGGCACCAGACGACUAUUGGACAAUGUCAAUGGUUGGGUCAAACCGGGCAGCCUGACUGCAUUGAUGGGUGUGUCCGGUGCCGGAAAGACCACGCUCCUGGAUGUCCUUGCACAGAGAGUCUCCAUUGGAGUGGUCUCGGGUGAUAUCUUCGUGAACGGGAAGGAUCUUGCACCGAACUUCCCUCGUCGGACUGGUUACGUGCAGCAGCAAGAUCUGCACUUGGACACCACCACGGUCAGGGAGGCUUUGCGUUUCAGUGCAAUGCUUCGCCAGCCCGCCAAGGUUUCGAAGCAGGAGAAGUACGACUACGUGGAACAGGUCAUCGAGGUCCUUGGCAUGGAAGACUUUGCCGAAGCCGUGGUGGGAAAUCUUGGAGAGGGAUUGAAUGUGGAGCAACGGAAGUUGCUUAGCAUUGGAGUCGAACUUGCGGCCAAGCCCACUCUACUUAUCUUUCUCGACGAACCAACCAGUGGUUUGGACUCUCAGAGCUCUUGGACGAUCUGCCAGUUCCUCAGAAGGUUGGCUGAUCACGGGCAAGCUGUUCUCGCGACUAUUCAUCAGCCCAGUGCCCAGUUGUUCCAAACAUUUGACCGUCUGCUUUUCCUGGCCAAGGGUGGAAAGACCGUUUACUUUGGAGACAUCGGAACCGGGUCCUCUCAACUGCUGAACUACUUUGAACACAAUGGCGCUCGUCCAUGUGCUCCGCUUGAAAACCCAGCGGAGUACAUGCUCGAGAUGGCUGCCGGUGAUUCAUCUUCCGUUGACUGGGUCGAUGUUUGGAACAAGAGUCCUGAAUCUCAAGAGGUCGAAGCUGAGUUACAGAAACUUCAUUCCCGCAAAGAAUCUGUACACCAUUCUGCUCUUGAGGAGCUGGACGAUGACAAUGCCGAGUUUGCCAUGCCACUGCACAGCCAGCUGUACCAUGUGCUCGCUCGUGUCUUCCAACAAUACUACCGCCAGCCAGAAUACAUCUUUUCCAAGUUCAUCUUGGGUAUUGUCUCUGGUCUCUUCAUUGGAUUCUCGUUUUGGAAAUCCGACAGCACUCAGCAAGGUUUCCAAAACGUUCUUUUCAGUGUCUUCCUCCUGUGCACGAUCUUCAACACUUUGGUCAAUCAAAUCAUGCCCAAGUUCGUUGUCCAGCGCUCUUUGUAUGAAGUUCGUGAGCGCCCAUCUCGAAUUUACUCCUGGAAGGUCUUCAUCCUCUCUCAGAUGCUCGUGGAAAUUCCUUUCCAAGUCAUCCUCGGUAUUUGCGCUUGGGCCUGCUUCUACUGGUCCGUCAUUGGCGCCGAGCAAGAUGGCGAGCGUCGCGCCCUGAUCAUGCUUUUCAUUGUUCAAUUCUACAUCUAUGCCGCCAGUAUGGCACAGCUGGUUGUUUGCGCAAUUCCAGAGCCCACCGUUGCAGCCAUGCUUGCCACUCUCAUGUUCGGUCUUUCAUUCAUCUUCAACGGUGUCAUGCAGCCUCCCGAUGACCUUCCUGGCUUCUGGAUCUUCAUGUAUCGUGUCUCACCAUUCACCUACUACAUUGGUGGAAUCGGCGCAACGGCACUUCACAACCGAAAGGUCGAAUGCAAUGCUGCCGAGAUGAGUAUCUUUGAUCCUCCCUCCGGUCAAACCUGUGGCCAGUAUAUGUCCAAGUACCUCGAAACCGCUGCGGGCAAGCUUUCCAAUUGGGAUGCUACUUCCAACUGUGAGUACUGCUCCAUCAGCUCGGCUGAUCAGUACCUCGCUGCUCGCCAAAUUCAUUGGGAAGACCGCUGGAGGAACUAUGGUAUCUUCUGGUGCUAUUUCGUGUUUAACAUCUUUGCUGCCAUCUCCCUCUACUACCUCUUCCGUGUCAGGAGCUCGAAGGCUAAGACCAAGAGGGCUUGA